AGGGGUUGAUACGAUAUGAGCUUGAAGUAACUAUCUGCUUACGAUGGUUGAUUAUUUCAUAUACGAUAUUAAUAAAAACGAAAUAACUCCUCGUAUCUAUAAAUUGGAAUUUUCGGUUGUUUAACGAAGUGGUGUACUGAUUUUGAUAAGAAGUAUACUAGGUGUAAAUCGUCAAAUAAGACGGCAGAAAAAACAACACUGCCUAUCAACUGAAGUGUUUGUGUUUUUGUUUAGGUGAAGGUUAUAAUUCAGGAUUCCAAGAUGUCAUUUAUGCAUAGAACUUUACUUACUUCGAAAUUACCACCAAAAUCCAGUAGUCAACCAAGGAGAAGAGGUAAACAUGACUUUACACCUGUAUCAUGGAAAAAAUAUUUUGAAAAUAAAAGAGAUGUAGUUAUCAAUGGAAAUAGCUUUAGGAUCUAUACUAGUGGAGAUAAAGGUCCCUUGUUGGUAUUUCUUCAUGGUGGAGGAUUUUCAGCUCUUUCCUGGGCUCUAUUAAGUUCAAUGCUGUGUGAAAUGGUGGAAUGUCAAAUAUUGGCGAUGGACCUUCGAGGGCAUGGAGAUACGAUCACCCAAAAUGAUGAAGACCUUUCAAUUGAAACACUCUCAAGUGAUGUUGUUGAUGUCAUUAACCAUGUUCAUGCAGAAAUGCGCCCAGUUAUACUGAUUGGACACAGCUUAGGUGGGAGUAUAGCUGUUCAUGCCGCGCAUAAUUCAAAUCUUUCCUCUCUGAAUGGUAUUGUUGUAAUAGAUGUCGUCGAAGGGACAGCUUUAGGUGCUCUUUCAUCAAUGCAAAGUAUUCUUAGAGGAAGACCUCAAAGCUUUAACUCUAUUGAAGACGCUAUAAAAUGGAGUGUUCAGAGUGGCCAGUUGAAAAAUAUUGAAUCAGCGAAGAUAUCAAUGCCCGGACAGCUAAAAAAUUCUAAAACUAACAAACCUGCAACUACUGAACUAGAAAAUGAAAUCGUUGAAGGAUCUUUGUCCGAGUUGCCUCAUCCUCGGUCAAAUGUUGAAAGUAUCGCUGAAGAUGAAGAAGCAACCUUUAAACCACCUGAUGUGUCAAAUGGUAAAUACUCAUGGAGGAUUGAUCUUAGAUCAACCGAGAACCAUUGGCCUGGGUGGUUUCAAGGUCUUUCCAAGUUGUUUCUUUCUACGAACGUUCAAAAACUCUUAUUGCUGGCUAGCCUAGAUCGGUUAGACACUGAUUUAACUGUUGCUCACAUGCAAGGAAAAUUUGAGGUGCAUGCUUUUGAGCAAAGUCGAGGCCACUGUGGCCACGUCAUCCACGAAGAUAUACCUGAUGCAGUAGCUGAAGUUUUCUCUACUUAUCUUGUUAGGAAUAAAUUCGCCCAACCCAAGAGUAACUUUGAAGUAGGGUCUAUGCCCUGCUGUUAAAAACAAAUUCUUAUUCAUCACUCAUCUGUGCUCAUCAUUACUGUAAAUUAAUUUUAUUUAUUUGAUUAAAACAAGCAAAGAAAUUUACAUACUAUAAUAUAUUUAUUAUCCUGAUAAAUUUCCGUCUCGAAAACAUGUGAAGUAUUAGAAAUUGUGAUUUUAGUUUUAUAUUUAUGUCAAUAACAAAUACAUAAUGCAAUAGUUGUACUCAAUUUUUAACUUUAAGAAUAAUAAUUAUUAUUAUUUUGUUAAUUGAGCAUUCA